AUGAAACCGCACGAAUGGAAAUGGCGUUAUGCUAUCCUCUUUUGCGACUGUGUACUUGUGUUCGGAGUGUACUUUUGUGUCGACAUGCCGAGCGCAAUACAAGUGGAUUUUGUAUCAGGGGAGGAGAUGCAUUGCAUGGCAAACGAAAGCAUGAUAACUGGAGCUUGCUGUGACACGUGUCUGGGGUUAGGGCCGGCACAUUAUAACCUGCUUCACUCCUUUCUUUUUUGGACCUCGUCAGUAUUAUCUCUCCUGUCGGGAUAUGUUAUCGACAGGAUGGGAAACAGAACAUCGGCUGUGUUAAUCAUCAUACUAACUUCCCUCGGAUCUAAUCUAUUUGCUAUUGCUGGAACUAAACUCAUUCGGAACACUUCGGCAAUGUUCCCGUUAAUGAUAAUUGGAAGAAUGUUGCUUGGAUUCGGGGAUGGACCAAUGAGAAUUGUACAAGAUCGGGUGGUAGCUCACUGGUUUGCCGAGGAUUCUGUUCUGGCGGUUAGUUUAGUAAUUCUAACACGACGAGGCGGAACACUACUUAACUUCAUGGUGACCGCAAACAUAGCUGUCCAUUUAGGUUUUGUUUGGGCUCUCUGGCUUGGAGCUUUUAUAUGUUCCCUCGGUAUCUUAGCCGCGUUUGUAAUGGCCUAUCUCGACGUUCGCGGGACCAACAAACUUGACGCCGAGUCCCAAAAACAAAUGGCGAGCAGGCCUAUUAAAAUUUCCGACAUCACCAAUAUACCAAAGACCUUUUGGAUUCACGUUUCUAUGAUCGGAUUUCACUACUGUUCAUUCUUUUCGUUUGUGGCCAAUGCGUCGCAAUAUAUCCAGUUAAGACAUGGCUAUACCAAAGUCAUGGCUUCCUAUGUGACCGGCGCAGCCUACAUUGGACCCGUAUUUUUCGCCCCACUCGUGGCAUUGCUAUUAAAAAGGAUAGAGUGUAAUGGAUUGGUGGCAACAAUCGCCACAGUAUUUAGCGUACCAAUAUAUCUAUUGUUGUCCUACUGUCCAACAAUACCACCAGUCAUUCUCACAGUGGCUAUCGGCGUUGUUUAUACAUUCGAUGUGGUAAUAAUGUGGCAGGUGACAAUCAACUUGUUACCGCCCGCCGUGUUUGGGACUGGAGCUGGUAUUGCCGUGUUUGUGAUGAGGUUUUCAAUAGGCCUAAUGAAUCUAUCAGUAGGCUUCAUUGUAGAAGAUAAUCAGGAAACUGGUCGCCAUGAACAAAUCCUUGCUUACCAGAAUGCACUUUUGCUGAUGACAGCUGUAUCCGUUUUGUCAGUAGCCAGUGGAGUCUUACUCAAUUUCCUGGACAUAAGAAAUGGUGACGGUGUAAACAAACGUUUUAUCAAGAUCAAAGCUGUGGAAAUGAAUGAUACGACGGAACUCGUCUAUGCUGACAAACUGAAUAAGCAAUACACGAGUAAUGACUUUGGAGAUCGGACUUUCAAGGAAGAUUGA